AUGACAGAAAAAUGCUAUUGCCAAUUUAUGCCAUUCAAUUGUACCUCGUUGUUUUUGGGAAACUUUUAUUCCCAUAAACAUCAUAAUUACAUCAGUAGUUUGUUUUUACCCGAAGUAUCUUCUAUUAAAAUCACUAUGUGUUCUUUUCUUACUGGACCUUGGAACGAUUUAUUGUAUUGCCCAGAAAUAAAUACAAACUUUGAUCCUAAUUUGAAAAAGUUUCAUGAAUGGAAAUCAGAAUUUGAAAAUCUUUUUGUAAAUACCAGAUCUAUGCCAAGUUGUUUGAUUUUUUUUUGUGAUCGAAACAGCAUUCGCGUAGCCAAAUCACUCCUGAAACAUUACAUAGACUGUUUUCCAGAUAAUAGAAUUUUCGUUUGGGGUGGGAUACUAGACUUAUUAACGAUUUGUCUUGUUAAAAAUAAUGAACAUUUCUGCAGAAGAAGAUUGAGUUGUGCAUCCAUUUUUAUAAGCGGUGUUAAUAUGAGAACAUGGAUUUUAACUUUGAACGAGGACUGUACUACCAACGAAGAAAUUACAAAAAAAUUGACAGAUUUCAAAAUGGUUGUUGAAUUGAAACAACACUCGAUAGGUUUCAUUUACACAUCUAAUUUUCGUUUUCAUAAGUUCAAUUGCUUAGAAUCCAUUAUAUUUAAACAAAUAUUUCCAAAACUACCUGUUUUUUAUAUGUGUGGUAUCACAGGAUACGCUGGAGAUUUAAAUGAUAUUUUAGAAACUAUUUCAAAUAUGACGCCAAAAAAUCAUUGGACAAAGGAUAAUUAUUUGGAUACAGUAAUCAUGACAAUAAGUUAUUUGAGAUAUUCAACAUGA